CCGAAGGCAGCUCGCAGUUAUGUUAUUGGUCAUCGCGAUAUCAGCCCUGAUGGCGGAGGGGGGCAGAGCCUCGGCAUGGCCCCUCGGACGUCCAAGGCAAGGGAGCACACCAGAGCCCACAAUUGCUCUCCGGGAGCUCAAGGCCUGGUUUCUACAGGCAUCUACUGAGGAGGAGGAAGCCCAAGGCCCAGAGGCAGGGAAGGCAGGUGGCCUGUGGAGGCUGAGGUCAUGCUGGUGCCUUGCUUCCACGGGAGUCAUCAAAGUACUUAAUACAAGAAAAAGGAAGAAACGGUCAAAGGUCACAAUGUGGCACUCGCUCUGCAAAGUGAGUCAACUGAUGGCGCUGAGCAGCUCACGGCUUAUUAGACGCCAACAUCGCGUGCACUCCAGGGUCCCCGUGCGCCAACGCAGCUAUGGUCAGCAUGCUGGCGGGGUCACAAAGAGCACGCCCACGCACAGCCUCAGAGGACCGAGAGGGACACAGCGGGCUUGGGAGAUCACCGAGGCCGAGAGAAGGGGAGGGAUCCGCCCGGGGCCUCCCAGCAGACCGGCAGAACCCAGUUUGGGAACCGCAUUUCUUGCCAGUCCCCAAAGCCGCAUCUGCGGCUGUCCCUCGGCCCCCGAGCCACACCUGCCCAGGGCCCCGGGCUGACUUGGGAGCUCUGGAUUCGAUCGCGGGGCUUGCCGCGCGAUGAAGUGCUCGCGAGGUAAGCCUGCUCCCCGCUUUGCUGAGCACCCCCUGGAAACAAGAAAAUUGGAAAGAGACAGCUGA